GGCGCGGCGGCCGCGGCUGGGGGCGGGGAGGGGGGCGCAGGACCCCAGGCGGGGGUCCCGGAGCCGGAGGGCCAAUUCCCGUCCCCCCAGCAGCAUGGCUUCCUGUGCUGAGCCCUCUGCCUCGGGGCCUGAGCCCACUGCCCCGCCGCCUGCUGGGGUCCCACCACUCGAGGACUUCGAGGUGCUGGAUGGGGUGGAAGACGCAGAGGGCGAGGAGGAGGAGGAGGAGGAGGAGGAAGACCUGAGUGAGCUGCCACCACUUGAAGACGUGGGGCGGCCUCCACUGGAGGAGGCCGAGCAGCCUGGGGCCCUGGCCCGAGAGUUCCUGGCCGCCAUGGAGCCUGAGCCCGAGCCCGCCCCAGCCCCGGAUGAGUGGCUGGACAUCCUGGGGAAUGGGCUGUUACGGAAGAAGACGCUGGUCCCAGGCCCACCCGGCUCGAGCCGCCCAGCUAAAGGCCAGGUAGUCACUGUACAGCUGCAGACCUCGCUGGAGAACGGCACUCGGGUGCAGGAAGAGCCAGAGCUGGUGUUCACCCUGGGCGACUGUGACGUCAUCCAGGCCCUGGAUCUCAGCGUUCCACUCAUGGAUGUGGGGGAGACAGCUAUGGUCACUGCUGAUUCCAAGUACUGCUAUGGCCCCCAGGGCAGCAGGAGCCCGUACAUCCCCCCACAUGCGGCCCUGUGCCUGGAGGUGACCCUGAAGACUGCUGUAGAUGGGCCUGACCUGGAAAUGCUCACAGGGCAGGAGCGUGUGGCUCUGGCCAACCGGAAGCGGGAGUGUGGCAAUGCCCACUACCAGCGGGCCGACUUCGUGUUGGCUGCCAAUUCCUACGACCUCGCCAUCAAGGCCAUCACCUCUAGCGCCAAAGUGGACAUGACAUUCGAGGAGGAGGAGCAGCUCCUGCAGCUGAAGGUGAAAUGUCUGAACAACCUGGCAGCAUCACAGCUGAAGCUGGACCACUACCGAGCCGCACUGCGCUCCUGCAGCCUUGUGCUGGAGCACCAGCCCGACAACAUCAAGGCUCUCUUCCGCAAGGGCAAGGUGCUGGCCCAGCAAGGGGAGUACAGUGAGGCCAUCCCCAUUCUGAGGGCAGCCCUGAAGCUGGAACCUUCCAACAAGACGAUCCAUGCAGAGCUUUCAAAACUGGUGAAGAAGCACGCAGCCCAGAGGAGCACAGAGACCGCCCUGUACCGGAAAAUGCUGGGGAACCCCAGCCGGCUGCCUGCCAAGUGUCCUGGCAAGGGUGCCUGGUCCAUCCCCUGGAAGUGGCUGUUUGGGGCGACUGCUGUUGCCCUGGGGGGUGUGGCUCUCUCCGUGGUCAUCGCUGCCAGGAACUGACCACCCAGGUGGCCACCACCCCCUUGCACACCAUGGACCCCACCCUGCGCUCCCUAACUUCCCCAGGCUCCCUGUCCACUGCCCUAUCUGAUCCAGCCCCCUCCUCUGGGGCGGGAGCAGUGAGGUGUGGGGGCCACAUGGCCCCAGUGAGACAGGAGGGACUAUGGCCCUAUAGGAGGAAAGUGAGGCAGGGCCCGGGCUCCAUGUCCAGCCCAGAGGGAGGGGGCCCUCAUUCCUCCAGACCCAAUUCCCAUCCCCACCCCCAUCCCCCUGGGUUAGGUCUCAACAGAGGCCAGCCUCAGUUUCUCCUUCCCAACAGGCCUGGGGGCAGCCCUUCCCCAACCCAGUCCCUGUCCAAGUGUCAGUCCCCACCCACACCGCCUGCUGCCCUCUGUCCAGGUUCUCCCUCCCACUCCUUCAGUGAAAUAAAGCCUCCUACCCCGCA